GUCCGCCAUUUCCGAUAAAAGCAUGGAUUUGUUUUGCUGAAAAUAAUUUUGUACAAAUCCCAUGGAUUUGGUCACUUAGAACAAUUUAUUUGGACCAAUUCAAAUCAUAUACAAAAUGGCAAGUGGCAUUAGUCAGGAUACCAGCCAAGCUGGCCAGAUGAAAUACCCAGGCAUCACUUCUCCCAUUUCCCUGGCUGGUCCAAAGCCGUUUGACGAAGAGCUUACCAAGAAGCUGGAAGAAGCCAUGAAGCCAUUUGGAGUAUUUGAAUGUGAAAUUGAAUUGGCCCAUAGAAUCGAGGUGCUGAGCAAAAUCAACGAGCUAGUGAACCAAUGGAUAAAGGAAGUCAGUAUAGCAAAAAAUAUGCCAGAGAAUAUUGCGGAAAGCAUUGGUGGAAAAGUGUUCACAUUUGGAUCGUAUAGACUCGGUGUCCAUACAAAAGGGGCUGAUAUUGAUACAUUGUGUGUGGCGCCACGUCACAUCGACCGUAUCGAUUUCUUCUCUUCAUUUUAUGACCUUCUUAAACAGCAGCCUGAGGUCAAGGACCUAAGGGCAGUUGAGGAGGCAUUCGUCCCUGUAAUCAAAAUGGUUUUCGAUGGAAUUGAGCUGGACAUGCUGUUCGCUCGGCUAGCUCUUCAAAAAAUCCCCGAUAACCAGGAUCUCCGGGAUGAAACGUUAUUAAAAAAUCUGGACCAGAAGUGUGUGCGGAGUUUGAAUGGUUGCAGAGUGACAGAUGAAAUCCUUCACCUUGUGCCAAAUAAGGAGAGCUUCAGAAUGACACUUAGAGCAAUAAAAUUGUGGGCAAAACGACGGGGUGUUUAUUCGAAUGCACUUGGUUUCCUGGGCGGUGUCUCGUGGGCCAUGUUAGUGGCCAGAGUGUGCCAACUGUAUCCUAAUGCGGCAGCUUCAACAUUAGUUCAAAAAUUUUUCAUGGUUUACACAAAAUGGGAUUGGCCACAGCCAGUGUUGUUGAAACAACCAGAGGAAAGUAACCUCGGUUUCCCGGUGUGGGACCCACGGUCGAACCCAGCCGACCGAUUCCACUUGAUGCCUAUCAUAACCCCUGCUUACCCCCAGCAGAACUCGACAUUUAAUGUGACGUCGUCGACAAGGACAAUCAUGGUGGAGGAGUUCAAAGAUGGGUUAGAAAUAACAGAGCAGAUAAUGUUAGGGAAGUGCGAUUGGUCAAGAUUAUUAGAACCUACUAAUUUCUUUCAAAAAUACCACCAUUAUAUCAUAGUGUUAUCAAAGGCCGAGAAUGAAGAACAACACUUGGAAUGGGUCGGGUUGGUCGAGUCAAAAGUGAGGUUAUUGAUUGGAAACUUGGAGAGAAAUCCGUAUAUCAAACUAGCUCAUGUUCUGCCGACAUCGUUUGGACCAAUGCCGGACAGUGAGACAAAAUACCUGACCAAGUGGUUCAUAGGCCUGCAAUUUCAAAAGCUUGUGAAUGUUAACAUAGACCUCACUUACGAUAUUCAGAGUUUCACAGAUACAGUCCAUCGGCAAGCACAGAUGAUAGGAAUGUGGAAGGAAGGAAUGAAGAUAGAGAUAAAACAUGUAAAAAGAAAACAGUUGGACCAGUACUUGCCGCAGAGUGUAAUCAAUCAAGGUAAACCACGAGAAAAGAAAGAUGAUCGAAGAAAAUCGGUUGAUACCAACAAAUUGGUGCCAGGCUUACCGAAUUCACAAGUCAACAAAACAGAAACUAAGAAACCGGCUGUUGGCAUGUUACAAUCGAGUCGGUCAGAACCUGACCUCCUACGUCAGGGCAGGACUAGUUUUACGGUAGAAAAUUCUAAUUCAAUGGACACUGAAAGUCAGGAGAGCACAACACAUAACGUGUCGAAUUCGGUCUCAGAGGGUGGGUUGAAAAGUGAAAAUAGUAUGGACAGUGUUUUGAGUUCGGAGCAGGAGACUGCAGCGACGAAUGGAGAAACGGAGGUGAAGCCAGUUGAUGUGCAAAAUCAGGUUGAAAGCGAUUCCUCAGUUGAUUCCGCUCAGUCUUUACCAAAACGACCUCAUUCGCCGGGGCAUCAUGGCACGCCACCAAAACGCUAUCGUGAUGAAGACGAGUUGACAGAUUCACCAAUGCAGGUUGACGGUCUUGAUAGCCUGACUGCUAAGCAGGCCGAGAAGCAGGCACUUCAUAGACUUCCAGGUGGGGAAUUACCCGACGUCACCACACCACAGGCCACACAACCGAUUCAGGUCAUUGGCAAAAAUCCCAUACGGCUUCGAUUAAAAUGAACAGGGCAAUGCUGGAUGGAAGGUAAUGAUCGUCGAUUAUACGAGAUUCUCAACUCGCAAGCAAUGGUGACAUAACCUGAGAGCUGGGCAUGUUAAGUGAUCUCAUGAUCAUUCAUGACCAACAUUUGGUCACAAGUAACUUAUCAAUUGUCCAUGUUGUCUCUUGUCAGGAAUGAUCUAUCAAGGAAACGAGAGAGAAAUAUUUCAUGGUUUGAUAUCUGAAUCUGAUGUAAAAGAUUUUUGGGUGCAAUUUAACCUAAAUGCAUAGAAAUUAGAGCGUGUAGGGAGCGUGUCGUUUUGAUAGUGUUUUUUUCAAAUGGUGGUCGUGGAAUACCUAUGCGUGUCAGUUGAUCGGACAACCUGGUAAUGGUAUAAAUUGGUAUGUGCUACUGGUUUCUGUUUGAGUGAUAUCCCAUGAAGACAGAACUGUUGGUAUAACUGGCCAUGAAAAGUGCUCCUUGCCUUUUAGAAUCCAUGGUGUGAUUCUAAGAGUUAGAUAAUGUGAUUUUAUAUCAUGUAUUUGUGUGCUAGCUUGUUCAUUUCUUCUCUGAUUCUGGGUAAGUAUACAAGUGUCAGAAAUUGAGGAUGAAAUUGUCAUCUGGGAUGAUAGAGCCCUAUGCUAUCAUCUGCAUGCCAAAAAUCUGAGAGAUAAACUCUGCAAGAAAAUAGCAUGGCGGUUGUGCUCAGCUCAGGAAGGACUGGAAUUAUGUACAUUUUCACAUGAGGGAAUGAAAGGGCUACAUGUACUCAAUUUUGUUGUAUGGAAUUUCUGAAUUUUCGUAAGUGGGAUACUUCAUGACUAUUAAGUGUUUAUUUGAUAUAUAUGUAUCAUAAUUAUCUGCUCGUUGGCCAUGUUUUUUGUGCUUGAGAUUAGUGGGUGAAUGCCUCAAACUGCUUCAAAAGCCGGAUCGGAGCAAAUUGAGUUUGGAUACUUUAUGGGUAGAAAGUGAAUUCUAAAUUGUAGCUUCAGGUUCACAUCUGGAUUGACCCAAUGUUUUGAAAACAUGGGUCUUUUGGAUAACUUGAUGUAUUGUAAAGAAUUGAGAAAUGUACUUGUACCAUCUGUUGAUCUUAGUCUCGAAUACUUGUAACUUCUCCAAGUCUUAUUGUAUAUAAUCAGUGGGUGUUGAUCAUCUUAUGAUAUCACAGCCAAGAUUAUUUUACACUUCUCACUUAUUAUUUUAGAGCAACGUUUCUUGAGUACAAAAUAAAUGCACAAAUCGUUGAGCUUCUCCAAUUUUUUGUUUUGGCUGUGAAUUUGGAAGAAACAUCAGUUAGUUCUCUCACCUUGCACAACUAAGAAACAAACUUGUGGUGUCAGGAAAUAUACAGGCUAUGUUUUCCCACGAUCAGCUGAACAUCAUGGAACCAUGGCUUGAAAAAACUCCCUGCAAGUCUUGGAUAGCUAAACUAACCGGGUUAAUCUAGAUGGAGUUAUAAAACUCCAACAUUUGAAAAACUCACCUGCACAUGUACAGAAUUUUCUUCUUCGCUCUGCUUUCUUCAAUCUAUCAGAAUUAUUCUGUAGCAUUUAAAUUGGGCACAUAAAGAACAAACUUGUUUUGUAAGCAGAGGAGCCUCAAUGAUUACUCCUAAUUUGGUUUUCCGACUUUAUGUUGCAUUUCCACAUCAGCAGUCAUCUUUGAUUGUGUGGGUGGAUAUUCAGAUUUUGUUAAAAAAAUUCAAUAUUUCCUUGGAGCGGGCGAAUCGACAAGAUAAUUACUAAAAUGAUCCUCGGGGUGCUAUUCACCACUUCAACAAAGCACCAACAAAAUGGAUAGGCCUUCAUUUAAAAUAAAUGUUAAUCUACAAUUUUUUUCUUACUUGGCAGAUGCUACUACUUCAGUUUCUUAAAAACUAAUUAUUUAAAUGUUUCAAGCUCAAAAAAAUAAUUUUUCUGCAAACACCCUAUAAAAAGCUUGUACCUUUAUGGCUAUUAUAAGAAUCUGCAAAGCAUCAAAAUGUAUAGAUUUAGUCUUUGUGCAAAAUUAAAAUUUAUAAAACAAAAAAGCAAUAUAUAGAUGUAUACUAGAUACUUUUCUGUGAAAAAGUUUGUUGAAAGGUUUUUAACUUCAGUGCUUUGGACUGGGGGUACCUGUUCUUGCAUACCGAAUCAUAAUAAGCUAAGUUUGGUUUGGUCUGUAGUUUAUUUUAUCAACAUUAAGUUCUAGAUAACUUUGAUGAAAAUGAAAUAUUCCAAAGAUAUUCUGCAAUUCCCUCAGUCCAUUUUGUCUAACCUGACUGUGUCGACCUAAUUUCUUGUACUGAUGUUAUGCAUUUAUGUUCUAGUUGAGUUCUAGCCCACUUUGAUGAUGAUUGUAAUAUAUUGUAUGAAAACAUGGAAAAAUAAAAAUAAAGGUGGUAUAUUUUACAAAUUCAUUGUUCAGUGUCUUUGUUAUCGACCUACUUCUUCAGAUGCUGUGAAUACAACCAGAAGGUGUCGGUGUGUUGAGACACAACUCACUCUGUCAUUGCAGCUUUCGGGCCCAGGUUGCAAAUGUUAGAAGUAGUUUAGAUUAUGGAAUGACCAGAUCAGAUCCAGAAAACCAUCCUUCACACUCUGUAGCUAAACAAGAUGUUCUCUUGAAAAGCUCCAGAGCAUUUUAGAUCGCGAUUAGUUGACUUCAUCCUUGGCCUUAUAGUAUGGUAAGAUUCUUUUAUAUCAACCCUUGUUGAUACUUUGUUGUGCACAUAAUUUUGUAAUGUUUCAGUGUCGGUUGUAAAUAAGAAGUUAAGAGUGACGUGGAUAAUAAAUAAUUUAGAUACA